GCUCAGGCGCCGAAAAAACACCGCGGGUCCGGGCCAUGCGGCGAGACGGGUGGCUCCCGGGAGUGCUGGGAGCUGUCACCAAAGGGCUCCUCAUCCUCUGGGCAGUACCGGGUCAGGGGGGGCGUCCCCUGCAGCCCCCCACCCUGCAGCAGGUCCAGGCACUGGUGAGACACAUGGCUGAGGAUGCUCAGGAGCUCUUCACCUUCUACGAGAAGGACCAAGGCUUGGCCAUCGGCCACCUCUGCCGCACCAACCGCCCACCCGAGUGGCUGCGGGGACCCUCCCUGGGGACCCGAGGACUGAGGGGACUGAGAGGGACCAUGACUCACAUGGCCCAGGCACUGCAGGACAUCACCCGGCACCAGCGCGACCUCAACCCUCCCGGUGCCGAAAUCCUGCGCCGCUUGGCCAGCGCCCACCUGAAGGUCCGGGGGCUCCUCAACAAUCUGGAGGGGCUCUACCCAGCUCCCAGCCCCCAGCCCACCCGCCGCCUUCCACCCAGCCCCACAGCACCCACCAAGGUCUUCCGGCAGAAGCUGGAGGGAUGCCGGAUCCUCUGGAGCUAUUCCCGCUUCUUGGUCAAGCUCAAUGCCCUGCUGGAGACCAGGAGGAUCCGGGCACACCGGGAGAGGCAGAGAGCUCACCAGGGCUCACGGAUGCCCACAGGCUCCUAGUGUUGCUGGAGCUAUCUCCAUCUCCAUCUCCGUCUCCGUCUCCAUCUCCAUCUCUGUCUCCAUCAUCUCCAUCA